UCCAAAUCCCAACCACUAACCGCGCGCACCAACCGUUGAUCCUCCCGAAAACCCAACGCUCCCACCCAUGCCACCGCCAUGCGCUACCUCUACUUCCGCCCCAACGCAGCAGGCCAUGCCCGCCCCCACCGCCACCCCCUGCUCGCCCACCUCGACUCCUGCGCCUCACGGGCCCACGUCGCGGAGCUCCACGGCCGCCUCAUCCGCGCCCACCUCGCCGCCGACCCGGCCGUGGCCGGCCGGCUCGUCGCCCUCCUCGCGUCCCCCGCGGGGGGCCGCGACAUGCGCCGCGCGCGCAGGGUGCUCGACGGGAUGUCCCCGCCGAACGCGCCCGCGUGGAACUGCGUGAUCAGGGGGCAGACCAGCCGCGGCGCGCCCCGGGAUGCGCUGGCGGCGUUCAGGGCCAUGGUCAGGAGGGGCGUUGCGCCAGACAGCUACACCAUGGCGGCGGCCGUGUCCGCGACUGCUGCCGCAGAUGGCUGGGCGUGGGAGUGGCGGGCGACCGGGGACGCGAUCCACGCGAUGGUUCGGAAGAUUGGGUGCGCGGCGGAUCUGUUCGUCACGUCGGGCCUUGUUAAUCUUUACGGCACGUUUGGAAGUGUUGAGUAUGCGAGGAAGGUUUUUGGGGAAAUGCAGGAGAGGGACGUGGUGUCUUGGACGUCCAUGAUCUCAGCGUUUGCACAGCGUGGCAUAUGGGAUGAUGCGUUGAGGUUUCUUGCCGAGAUGCAGGCAGAUGGGAUUGCUCCUAACAAAGUCACGAUUAUAAGCAUGCUGACUGCUUGUGGGCGUGGGCAGGAUGUUGACAGAGGACGGUGGGUGUAUGGUCAGCUCAGUGAGUAUGAAAUUGAGGCUGAUACGGAUAUAGGAAAUGCACUGGUAAGCAUGUAUGCGAAAUGCGGGUGCAUGUCUGAUGCUUUGGAGGCAUUUAAGGUCAUGCCUGCAAGGAAUACUAAAUCAUGGAACACGUUGAUUGAUGGUUUUGUGCAAAAUCAGAAGCAUAAAGAAGCAUUGAAAAUGUUUGAAGAGAUGUUAUCAAGUGACUUCACUCCUGAUGCUGUAACACUUGUAUGUGUUUUAUCAGCCUGCACUCAGCUUGGUGAUCUUCAGCAAGGGAGGAAUCUCCACAGUUACAUAAGAAGCAGUGAGAUCUGUUGUGACACCAUCCUUACAAAUUCUUUGAUUAACAUGUAUGCCAAAUGUGGCGAUAUGGCAGCAGCAGAAGUGGUUUUCAAGGCUAUGAAACAGAGGGAUGUUGUUUCAUGGACGACUAUGGUUUGUGGUUAUGUGCAUGGACGGCAAUUUACAGCGGCCUUCAUCUUUUUUGAAGAGAUGAAGGAUGCAGGGAUUGUAGCAAGUGAAAUGGCACUGGUUAGUCUACUUUCUGCUUGUUCACAGCUUGGAGCACUGGGUAGAGGAAGGGAGAUACAUGCUUAUAUAGAAGAAAAGAACAUAAAACUAGAUGUAUUCCUAGAAAGUGCCCUGGUGGAUAUGUAUGCAAAAUGUGGCUGCAUCGAUAUGGCUGCUGAAAUAUUUAGCAAAAUGCAGCAUAAGCAAACCCUCACAUGGAAUUCUAUGGUCGGAGGUCUUGCAAGUAAUGGGCAUGGGAAAGAAGCAGUCCACCUCUUUGACCAAAUGCUGAAGUUUGGAGAUCCCAAACCUGAUGGUAUUACUUUCAAGACAGUCCUUGGUGCCUGUGCUCAUGUGGGAAUGGUUAGCGAGGGACUUUGUUACUUCCACUCCAUGCCUAGCUUUGGUAUUGCCCCUGAUAUUGAGCACUAUGGAUGCAUAGUAGACCUCCUAAGUAGAGCUGGGCUAGUAGAAGAAGCAUUUGAGUUCAUAAAGAAGAUGCCAAUAGAUCCUAAUCCUGUAAUUUGGGGAUCACUUCUUUCAGCUUGCAGAUUUCAUGAAAAAAUGGAUUUAGUGAGGAGAGUCAGGCUACAUGUAAUUAAAUUAGAUCCUAAUGAUGUGGGGACACAUGUGAUGAUCGCAAACUUAUAUGCUGAAGGUGGUCAGUGGGAUGAUGUACAGCAAAUAAGAGAGCAGAUGGUAAGCAGGGGUAUAGAGAAGUCACCUGGUUACAGCUCCAUCCAAGUCUAAACCUUCAUAAUGUAUUUUAACGUAGUAUGUGAUCCGCCCAUAAGGCAAUACACAAGGCUGACAGGAGCAAUGCCAACCAGUGCAGUUUAUGUUUGACAAGACAUCAGGCACCACAUGUCAAUUUCCAUUAACCUGUGCAUGUGUUAUUACUGUUCUUGUAUUAUUUUGGGGAUCAACACUGCCUAAAUCAUUUGCUUGGAUAAUGUUCGUGGACAUAAUUGAAGCUGUGACAAGAAGAAGGCAUGUAAAAUAUGCUCACGCUAACAUUCGUCUUUCUCCAACCUUACAAGUGGCAAAACUGCAACCUGCCCUUCUCUGUACAUUGAUUUCUCAGUUUUCGUAUAGCUGGAAAAGACAGUUCUUUAGCUCUCAGAAGGCUGAGAUUAAAGGCCAAGCUCCAUAAAUAGGUAUGGGUCAAUUAACCUCAUAUCUAGUCUGCGACAUCUCGAAUUUUAAACAGUGAAGAAAUUAAAAACAAAAUGAACCCCACCAAUUAUGCAUACUGAACAAAUAAUACAUUGAUGUUUUAUUAGCACCAUUUCAAUUUUCCCCAGAAGCUUGGGAAUAUCCAAACCCAUGGACACGACAGAGGACAAAUUUAGCAUUUGCAAUAGCUCUGAACGAUCACAUUAUGACCAA